ACCAUGCCCAUUCUCCUGCCUUCCCUACUGCUCUUCCAAGCCUUGUUUCUUGCGCCUCUUCAUGCCGCCCAAUUCAACUACAAGGACGCUCUCACCAAAUGCCUUAUUUUCCUCGAGGCUCAGAGGUCCGGCAAGCUCCCUCCCAACCACCGCCCCCCUUGGCGCGGCGACUCCGCCCUCGACGACGGCAAGCUUGCCAAUGUAGACCUCGAGGGAGGGUAUUAUGAUGCUGGAGACAACGUCAAGUACGGCCUUCCCAUGGCUUUCACCGUCACUACUCUUGCAUGGGCUGCUUUGGCUUACCCGGCCGAGACCCAAGCCGCCGGUGAAAUGGAAAAUCUUAAAGCUGCCAUCCAAUGGGGUACCGAUUAUCUUCUCAAGGCUUCUUCUCGCCGCAAUCGUUUCUACGUCGAGGUGGGGGACCCAGUUAAGGAUCAUGAGUGUUGGAUUAGGCCUGAAAAUAUGAAGACUCCCAGGACUGUGCUGCAAAUUGAUCGUACCACUCCUGGUACAGAAAUUGCUGCUGAAACCUCUGCAGCUAUGGCUUCUUCUUCCAUCGUUUUUAGAAACUCUAAUCGAACCUAUUCUCGUCGUCUUCUCAACAAAGCUAAAUUGCUUUUUCAGUUUGCUAAAAUGAACCGGGGAACUUAUGAUGGAGAGUGCCCUUUCUAUUGCUCUUACUCCGGCUACAAUGAUGAGUUGUUGUGGGCUGCUACAUGGCUAUACAUUGCAACGAGGAGGCCAGCUUAUUUGAAGUACAUUACAGAAGAGUCUGUUAGUGGCAGUGUAGCUGAAUUCAGCUGGGAUCUCAAAUAUGCUGGCGCUCAAAUUCUUCUUUCCGAGAUCUAUUUUCAAGGAGAGAAGGGGUUACAGAUGUACAAAAACCAGGCCGAUAGCUAUAUUUGUUCCAAUCUUCCAAACAGCCCUUACCACCAAAUUUAUCUAUCUCCAGGUGGAAUGGUUCACAUGAGAGAUGGAGCCAACACGCAAUACGUUACGGGAACCGCGUUCUUGUUUAGUGCUUAUAGCGAUAUCCUUGCAACCCAUCAACAAACGGUUCAAUGCGGCGGUCAGCAGUUCGACUCGACUCAACUCAUGACGUUUGCCAAGAAACAGAUGGAUUACCUGUUGGGGAACAACCCACAGGGAAGAUCGUACAUGGUGGGGUUUGGGAACAACCCACCGACGCAGGCGCACCACCGCGGCGCGUCGGUGCCGGUGAUGCCAGUCAACGCAGAAGUGAACUGCGCAAUGAGUUUCGUGUACUGGCUGAACAAGGACACGCCGAACCCCAACGAGCUAACCGGCGCAAUUCUGGGCGGCCCCGACCGCAGUGACAACUUCCUGGACAAGCGUGUGGUGUCACCCAUGACCGAGCCCGUGACUUACACAAACUCCCUCGCCGUUGGAGUCCUCGCAAAGCUGGCCGCCCACAGGUUCACCUGAAAAAUCAAUUCCCGACAACAUACCUUAUUUAGGCGUUUUUAGUCUCUUCUUCUUA